AACGUAUCGAAGAACAUAUAUCACCUCGUUCAAUUGGCCCACAUGGCCGGAGGCAUGGCCAGAGGCCUCGGCCCUCUAUGUCUCGGAGGACUGAAUCCUCCGUUUUGCCAUGGCCUUCACCCUUCGUGGCAGUGGCCUGGAACGGCACGAACUCGCCGCGUCUCAGCUCGAUCUCUCGCCUCUCCAGUGUCCUUCCUGGAACAACCGUGUCCACCAGUUGGGUCAGCCCAGCGCAGGUGCAGACUAGCCCCCCGCGAUGGGUCACGCUCAAGAAGGAGGUGGAAGCGGCACCAGAGGCUCCAGCGGACAGGCUGCCGGAGCCUUCUCCGCUCCGCUUGGAGACGCGAGCCUUAUCCAGCUUGGUGAGGCAAUACCAUGAUCUUCGCCUCGUGAGCGGAUUCUUUAUGCAGUGGCACUCAAAGGCAGUGCAGAAACGCCCAAAGCGGCGGAAGGAACGCUUGCAGAGGAUCUGCCUGGCGCUUCGCUGGUGGCGGAAGAGGUGUGGCGCUACACCUGUGGGGCAGGGAGCAGAGAAGUUGGCCCAACUGGUGGCCGCUCGUCGGCGGCAUGGCUUUCUUCAGUUGCAGCAGCCACUCCUGCAUGAGCGUUUGCAGCGGGCACGCGCUCUCCUACUUCAGAUCAUUCAUCGGCGCACGCAGCUUCAAAUGGCCACUCUUUGGUGGCAACAGGUCCAUCUUCGCUCCGCCUGGCAGUCUUGGCGCGCGGACGCGGGUAGGCCUCACCCUCCAGCCGUGGGGUCUGAAUCGAUGGAGGUGAGCGUGGAGACGCGUGGAGCGCCCUUCGUCCUCGAGGCCACUCCGCCAAGUCAUCGCGAAGCUCCACGACCGAGUUCCGGCGCAUCCACACCACGUGGUGAUCGUCCGAGGCCAAGCACAGCAAGACUUCCACGAAGCACAGCUCGGGAUCUGCCUGACCGGCCGGAAAACUUUCUCCUACGGGUUCAGCAGGCCGCGUUCCGGCGCUGGUGGCACGCCAGCUGCAUGAAGCUCAGCCACGAGGAGCUCGUGGAGGAGCGCCGCCGUGCUGCCCUCCUGGUGUUGAUACGGCAAAAGGCGCUGAAUGCCAUGGCCUGGCAGCAUUGGGUGGCCUCGUUGCAGCGGAAGGCCUUUGAAAGCCUUCUCCACGAAGACUCUCAGGAGGAUGGCCGCACCAGACGUCACCACCGACGGAGACCCUCCAGAACCAGGCCUGGAUUGAGAGGCACCUCCAUUGGGGAGGUCCUGCAGAAGGCCUGGCAGCGCUGGCGCUACACGGUGGCUGCGGGCCUGCAGGUCUUGGGUCCUCCCCUGCGAGUGCAUUCGCCCCACGUGGCCUUGGCGCUUUGCCACAUCGCCUCUGAGAUCGCCGCGCAGCGGGCGCGGGCUCUGCAGGCACCGAGCACCGCGAGUCCAAUCCUCCGAGUUCAAAGGCCUCGUGCCCUGGAGGCACCGAGCUUCAAUCUGCUGGAGCAGCUUCCGGAGGAACUGUUCGCGGACGAGGCGAGACCGGUGGCUGAGCCAUCCUUGGUUUUUCUCCAACAGGCCUUGGCGAGCUUCUCAUCCCGAGGCCUUUCCAUCGGAGAUGAUCUCUCUCCGAUUUCCCUGUGGCCUUCAGAGGCGCCACACCGACAGGAGUCCGAGCUCGGCGGCAGGCACGCACCGGGCACUCCUUGGGCUCGGGCGGAGUGGAGCGGAGUGGGCUCGAAGCUGGACGUUUGGCAGCAGAUGCUCCGGGAGGCACCACUUCCGCCCGCGCCCACUCUGUGCAACGCGCCUCCGGAAGCAAAGCAGGACCAGGACUACCAGGGCCUUCGGCGGCGCGCCUUCGCCCGUCGUUUGCUGAAGACAGUCUAGGAACCAGGCCAAAGUGCUUGUGAAAUGAAAGAUGAAGAACAACAAGUUCUUCACCACCAUGUCCCAAGAGAUCCAGAGUGAGAUGCCCCCCC